CUCAGCAAACUGCUCGACAAUACAUAACUCCCCUCACCAGAAACCAUCCACACGUUAGUAUACAAUGGCUGCUCAGACUCCAGCUGGAACCCUCCGCCUCGGAAGCACUGCUCCCGACUUUGAAGCUGUGACCACCAACGGCCCCAUCAAGUUCCACGAGUUCAUCGGAGACAACUGGGUCGUUCUCUUCUCGCACCCCGAGGAUUUCACUCCCGUUUGCACCACCGAGUUGGGAGCCUUCGCUAAGCUCGAGCCCGAAUUCACCAGGCGUGGUGUCAAGCUCAUUGGUCUUUCCGCAAACACCAUCGAGUCUCAUGGAGAGUGGAUCAAAGACAUCGAUGAGGUCAACCAAUGCAGCCUCAAAUUCCCUAUUAUUGGAGACAAGGAGAGGAAGGUUGCAUACGCUUACGACAUGAUUGAUUACCAAGACACUACCAAUGUUGACUCCAAGGGAAUCGCUUUUACCAUCCGCUCUGUCUUUGUUAUCGACCCAAAGAAGACUAUCCGUCUUAUCAUGUCUUACCCCGCCUCUACUGGGCGUAACGCAGCUGAGGUACUCCGUGUCGUCGACUCUCUACAGACUGGCGAUAAGCACCGUAUCACCACUCCUAUCAACUGGGUCCCUGGAGAUGAUGUUAUUGUCCACCCUUCUGUCACCAACGAGGAGGCCAAGACCCUCUUCCCUGACUUCCGCAUCGUUAAACCGUACUUGCGGUUCACGCCUCUUCCCAAGGAGAAGACCACCGCUGCUUAACCCCUAAAAAGUAAUGGUGGGAUUCCAGAUGUAAGCUGCAGUAAAUUAAAAGGGGUCUGUUUUCCUGGUCAAUUUCAUGGUCUCCGUUUCAUUUACUGUCAUUUCGAGCGCAAUAACAUUGUACUUGUAAAUACAUUCACACGAGUACAUGAAA